AUGGCCGUGCGAGUCGUGUUGCUGCUUGUCCUGGCGGCCACAGGGGCUCAUGCCAACAUCGUAGAGGUGAGUGUAUACAAUAGCAACGAGUGCCCAGUCGGAUCGGAUGACCUUACGCUGGAGGAGUGCAUAUAUUUCAACAAUACCGACCCCAGAAACGGGGAUGGUCGCUUCGUUGAGCAUAAUGAAAGUUACUAUCCGAAAGGAUGUUUCUUAAUGUACAGCGCUUUCCACUGGAACUACCAUCCCACUGGCGCGGCCCAUGUCAGCACUCGCCUGUUUUGUAAGCAGAUCCCUACGACAAGCACGACUGUCACGUUGACAACUACGACCACAGCGUCCAUCACGACGAGCACGGGCACAACAAUGUCGACCAUCACCAGGUCGAGCAGUACCACGUCGACCGGAACGACGAGCACGGCCACGGCCACGACACAGACCGUGACAACCAGUACGGGCAGCACGAUUAGCAGUUCCAGCAGCACGACGUGGACGGCAACGAGCUUGACGGCAACGACCACGUCAACCACCAUCACGGAGUGCUGGAAAUGCAACUACGCCACCGUCAUCACCACAAACUCACGGUGCUGGAGAUGCAACGAGACAGAACCAGAACCAGAAGUUUCUGCUGCACGUGGGUUGGGAUGUGCGGUAUUGAUCAUUGUUGCCGUAUCGGGUGGCGUGCGCUUGGUCUGA